AUGGCUCUGUGUCAACUCGUUGCCUAUUCAAUUUGUGACAAUCCUUGUGUAAAACUCGAUUUCUUUGAUCCUGCAGAUUGCGUCAAUAUUAUUCCCCAAACAAUUUGUUUUCGAACAAAUAUUUUACAAUGUAAAUCAAUGAAGCCACCAACAGGAGCAGCAGCAGCGAAAACCGCAACGAAUUAUGAAAAGAGUGUUAAGUCAGGAGCAACACCAGUAUCAUCACCACCAUCGCCAACGACCAUUGCAUCGAUCCCACCUCAAUCGAAAGCAGGAUCGAUGAUAUCAGCUGCAACGAAUUUGACAAAGAAAAGUUCGAAAACAGCGACGACGACGACGACGAAAACAAAAACGAUAGGUGCGGAUAAAUUUUGUAUUCAUUUGAGUGUCGAUGGAUUCGAUCGAGAAACGAUAAAAGCUAAAGUUGAAGGAGGAAAAAUUGUUGUCGAAGCAAAUCAAGAAGAUCGACAAGAUGAUGGAGAUUUUUAUAUUCGACAAUUUAGAAAAAGUUAUGAAGUUCCAAAACAAGCUGAUAUUACAAAGGUCAAUUCACAUGUCACGUUAGAUAAUGUUCUUGUCGUGGAAGUUCCUCUCCGAACACAAGUAGAAAGUUCUAAAUUACAAAGUUCGGGACAAUCUGUACGUUCUUCUCGUCGUUCAUUAAGUACAGUGAAAAAAUCUCGAUCUCAAGAACGAAAUAGUUCAAUUCAAACAAGUGAUUCAGCGGGAGAAAGUUUUAAUAAAUUUUCAGGUCGAUCUCGUUCUAAGCGUGUUGAAACAUGCAAUUUUCCCUUUAUAACCCUCAUGUGUGAAAAUGGAUUUACUCAAAAACAAAUUUGA